GAAGCUUCCGGGUCGACGCCUGGCUGCCGAGGAAAUGUGCCAAUAUUGACUGCAGGCCGGGGAAACAGCGGAAAACGUCGUCGUCUAGUGAGUGCAGAAGAACAAAACGACCUCGUUUGCACGCCUAGCCUCGCCUCCAUUCAGUAUAACUUUGGCAACGUCACACUCCUCUCUCUCUCUCUCUCUCUCUCCGUCUUCGGCUCUUCGCGUUCCGUUAAACCGCGGGCGACCCAGCAAACGCCAGAUCAAUCGUCUUCUCUCUAAACUGUUUCUACGAACUUUCUCUCUCUAGUUCUUGAGGACGCUUCGAGGUUGACCCAGAAAAUCAGUACUCGAAAGAUCAAGAUCUGCUCAUCCGAAUCCGCAAUAUCACAAAUUCAAGGUUGGAUCUCUUCUUCGGAUUAUUCUUGCUUUGUAUCGAUUGAUUGCUUUCUUUAGCUUGCUGUUGAUUUCGAGCUCCGGAAGCUAAAGAGGGGUUGUUUCGGUGUUAUUAUUGCAGAUCUGGUUAAAUCAUUAAAGCUCUUUUUUAGGGUUUCCCAUUUCUCAAUGUUUGUUCACUAACAGAUAUCUGACUGAUAAUUUUAUUCACUCCGUGUCCCUUUAUUGGUGUUUUUGGAAUGUCGAUUUUUCCCAAAAGCGAUUCGAUUCAAAUUCGCGAGGUGUGGGAUAAUAAUCUUGAAGCAGAGUUCUUGUUGAUCCGCGAAAUUGUCGAUGAUUUCCCUUACAUUGCGAUGGACACAGAGUUUCCUGGUGUUGUGCUUCGUCCUGUGGGCAAUUUCAAGAAUAUCAGUGAGUAUAACUAUCAAACUUUGAGGGACAACGUCGAUAUGUUGAAACUGAUUCAAUUGGGCCUUACAUUUUCGGAUGCAAAUGGAAAUCUUCCCAAAUGUGGAACCGACAAAUACUGCAUUUGGCAAUUUAAUUUUCGUGAAUUCAAUGUUGGGGAAGAUAUCUUCGCAAAUGAUUCAAUCGAAUUGUUGCGUCAAUGUGGGAUUGAUUUUAAGAAGAAUAAUGAAAAUGGCAUUGAUGUGAUUCGGUUUGGUGAGCUGUUGAUGUCUUCCGGUAUUGUGUUGAAUGAAGAGGUGCGUUGGGUUACAUUCCAUAGUGGAUAUGAUUUUGGGUAUUUGCUCAAGCUAUUAACACGCCGUAGUCUACCUGAAACACAAGUUGGGUUUUUUGAAAAGAUCAAUAUGUAUUUCCCAAUGGUAUAUGAUAUCAAGCAUUUGAUGAAGUUUUGCAAUAGUCUACAUGGUGGAUUGAACAAGCUUGCAGAAUUGUUGGAAGUGGAGAGGAUUGGCGUUUGCCAUCAAGCAGGGUCAGACAGUUUGCUCACUUCCUGCACAUUCAUGAAGUUGAAAGACAAUUUCUUCAACGGUUCAACUGAGAAGUAUGCAGGUGUUCUGUAUGGUCUUGGUGUUGAGAAUGGACAGAAUACUCAAUAAAAACAUAAAUUAUUGAAGAAAAAUAAUGCUUAGUGUUUGUUUGACUACUUGGGUUUGAGAGUUCCAUUGUUCGUUGUACACAAUUGGCAAAAUGAUUGCUGCUUAGUUAUAGAUUUUCUCCUUUAUUUGCUUUUUACCAUCUUUGAAAUUCCUGUGUAACUGAAACCCUUACCAGCCGUUGUAACUUGAGUUUUCUGUAUAUUAUUGCAGUUAGUGUUUGAAGAACAAAAUUAACGAGCUUCAACUC